AUGAAUAGAGUCAGACCUCAAUAUGGCAUAGCUGAUAAUGACUUAAAAGUACUUGCAUCUCCAUCACAUUCUUCAUCAUGUAAACCAUCACAAUUAAAUAUAGAAGUUUCGAAGCUAUCUAAUAUUGAAAAUAAAAAAGAUACUAUGUCUAAGAAACAGCAACAAUUAUUAACUUCUGAAGAGUCACAACAAACAACUCAAGAAGAACUACAACAAAUAUUACAAUAUGAAGUGCAACAAUUAUCUAAGAAAGAAUCACAAAAAUUAUCCAAACAAUCACAUUAG